CAUCUUCCCAAACCGGGCAACUUGCCGGCCACUCACACACGUGUCCCUGCCGUUCCACGCGUGGGUUACUGUCAGUAGCUUUUGUUAUUGCACAGCGCAUAUUCCCCGGUACACGCCGAGACUGGGCUGCCGCGCGGUGCAUUACACCAAAGACAGCUGGAAUCGAAACUCCCGCGCUUUAGUGCGUGCAUGACGUCACGUGCGCGCCCGUCCAAUAGCUGCGUCACGUGCCCGUUUCUCAGACGAGGGGGAGCUACCAAGAUGGCGGACACCGUAGAGAUUCACAAGCUAAAGUUGGCAGAGCUCAAGCAAGAAUGCCUGGCCCGCGGUUUGGAGGUGAAGGGGAACAAGAGCGAUUUAAUCAACAGACUACAGGCAUACCUAGAAGAACAUGCUGAAGAGGAACCCAAUGAAGAAGAUGUGCUAGGAGAUGAAACCGAGGAAGAAGAACAAAAGCCUCUUGAUGCUCCAGUCAAGCAAGAUGAGCCGCCUUCUAAAACAUUAGAAACAGAAACAGAGAAGAAAUUGGUGAAAAUUACAACUGGACCCCUUCCGGUUGAUAGACUUCAGAAAAGAGCAGAGAGAUUCAACGUUCCUGCCAGCGCAGAUAGUAAAAAGGCAGCUCGUGCUAUUCGGUUUGGUAUUCCGUCCACUGAGCAGAAAGGCCAGGCCACGAGUGAGAAAUCCACGGUGAAUAUUGAUAAACUGAAAGAGAGAGCGCAGAGAUUUGGUGUCAGCGUGUCUCCUGUCACAAAGAAGAGUGAGGAUGAUGAGAAGCUUAAGAAGAGAAAGGAACGUUUUGGUAUCGUCACCAGCUCAGCUGCUGUAACGGAUGAUAUUGAGGCAAAGAAGAGGAAAAGGUCAGAACGUUUUGGCAUUGUCUAGCAGCGUACCUGCUACACCUCAUACACUUAUUUGUUUCAUUGUUUGUUCAUCUCACCAAGGGGUGUAUUUAUCAUAGUAUGGAAAAAGAUAAAGAAGAGAGAAAUAAAGCACUAACCAAACGGCUCCUAACUGACCUUUUUCAAAUACAGCCUGUAAGAUGAGAGUGAGAAGCUGAUUGGCUAGUGCUUUAUUUCUCGUCACUUUAUCACACUCCAUGCUUUGCAAAUACCCUUCCAAGUAUUGUAAAGAAUCUUUAUAUCAUCUUUUGCUUUUUUUGAAUAAAUUUUUUUAAUAAGCUUUUUAAGAUUGGGGAAAACAUGGAGAAUUUAAUAAACAAAAAACCUGUUCCUUA